GAGAAACCGGUUUUCUUUCCAAAGACUGGAAGGCGGUCCUAUGCCUAUCCACGUGGAAGGCCGUCGAUGAAGCGGGGAUAAGUUACAACGGUACUUUCACAUGAUGCUUUGCAUUGUUCAAAAGUACUGCGAACUGUACAGUUGAGUUAAGUCUAGUCACGUUUAAAUCAAAAUUGCCAUGUCAGGCGAAAAUAGAGAUGACAGAAAGGAGAAUGAAAAGGAAACUCAAUGCAUUAUAAGAAAACAAAUCAUGAAUUUGAAGAUGAAGGUAAUUUUAAGGAUUAUUCUAUCUUCUGUAGUGGGCCCAUUGAUCCUUUACGGUAUAUUUUUUACCUAUCAAACGUACUCGGGACGUCUAUUUGAAAGACCAGUGACAAUAAACUUAAAAGAGGAUCGACCUAAAUUCUGGAUCUACACCAAGAGCAACGACACCGGUUAUUUGAAACAUGUAUAUGCGGUGCUCCAACGACUUGGUUUCCAAGAAAGCGAUAACAAAUCUGAUUGGGAUCUAUUGUGGGCCCACGAUUAUCCUUUUCGCGUGUUGUCGACGAGUUUAGGUAAACUGCGGGACCAUCAGAAGGUCAACCAUUUCCCCGGUUGCGGCUACAUUACAAACAAGGUGGAUCUGUCGACGUCACGUGGCGGACGAUAUAUACCUGCGGCAUUCAAGAUACCCGAGGAUCGGCAAGCUUUCCUCGACUACGUCAAGUCAAAUCCCACGAAGCAGUUCGUACAGAAAUCGAACGAUCAUCGAGGCAUCCGCAUUCGCGACAACGAUGACACUAAUUUCACCGAUGGCACCUUCGUUCAAGAGUUCAUCGAACAGCCGUUCCUCGUCGAUGGCUACAAAUUCGACAUCGGCGUGUACGUUGUCAUCACGUCCGUAGAUCCGUUGCGGCUAUAUGCCUACAAAGGCGACGUACUCUUCCGUUUCUGUCCGGUGAAAUAUUAUCCUUUCGAUCCAGAAGUCCUAGACAAGUACGUGGUCGGUGAUGAUUAUCUACCGAUUUGGAAUGUACCGUCCUUGAAGAAAUACUACACUGAACUUGGGUUCUCGAUGAAAGAUUCGUUCGACGCGUAUGUCAAAGAGCACGGAAAGAAUCCGUAUGAGAUGUGGGAGCGAGUGUACGAUGCCAUCCGAGAAGUCGUCUUGAUGAAGGAGACGCAAAUCAGAGAAGUUUCCAAACGCUUCGGCAACGGCAGAAACUUCUUCGAGCUCGUGAGAUUCGAUUUAGCUCUUGAUGAAGACUUGAAUGUCUACAUGAUGGAAGCAAACAUGUCCCCGAAUCUGUCUUCUGCGCAUUAUCCACCAAAUCAAUUGUUGUACGAACAAGUCAUAUUCAAUACGUUUGCAUUGAUUGGUAUUGGCAAGAGAAUCAGAAGAGAAUCCUUGAAGACUAGAAAUAAAACAGAGGAAGAAAUGGAAGUAGCGAAUAAAAAUAUCGUGGUACUACCAGAGCUCUGCAAGAAAUGCGAGGAUUGCUUUCAUAUAGAAUGCCAGUUGUGUAGACCAUGCUAUACUUUGGAAACAAAGCUUAUUCUGUCGCAGAGUUAUCUUGAACACCAGAAUCAGAUGGAUUUUCAAAGAAUCUUCCCACCUCCAAUUACAAAAGACAUAGCGCUAAAAAAUUAUACAUUGAGAAAUCAAUUACUCAUUAGAUGGUAUCAAGGAAAGUGCGAAUUGGAUAUGAUGUGGUGUAGUUGACAAUCAUAUGAUAAAGUUAGAAGCUUAUUUUGUAAGUAAUAUACAUGAAUAUUUAUUGCAGAUAUAUAAAACUGUAUAUAUAUAUAGUAUUCUCUAUGAAUGAGAGCAUUAAAUGAAAAACUAUUUAAAUACAUAAAAAA